GUGGAUGGAUGGGUGGAUGGACGGAUGGAUGGACGGGCAGAUGGAGUGGGGCGCAGGGCCGGGGCUCCCACGGGCUUCACCUUCGCCUCCCCGCAGGCCGCAAGUUCAUCAUCGCCAACGCCCGGGUGGAGAACUGCGCCGUGAUCUACUGCAACGAUGGCUUCUGCGAGCUGUGCGGCUACACGCGGGCCGAGGUCAUGCAGAAGCCCUGCACCUGCGACUUCCUGCACGGGCCCCGCACGCAGCGCAGCGCGGCCGCCCAGAUCGCCCAGGCGCUGCUGGGCUCCGAGGAGCGCAAGGUGGAGAUCUGCUUCUACCGCAAGGACGGUAGGGACCCCGCCGCCGCCUCGCCCGCGGGCCGGGGGUGCUAGGUGGGGAGUGGGCGCGCGGGCACCCUGCGCCGCGGGAGCCUCCCGGCGCGCUCCCGGCCGGCCGGCGGAGAUUGAUGGUUAUUUGUGCGGGCGCGAGGGCGGCCGUCCGUCACGGGCAGACAGACCCUUGAGUUAACGGCCUGCUGCGGCGGGCGGCCGCGCCGCGUCCAUCCAUCAGCCGUGCCAGGCCCGGCCGCGCUGUGGGUGGCGUGCGGUGCCAGCGCGGGUGGGAGCCGGCAGCCGCCCCCCGG